AAAGCACGCAGCAGACGACGAGCACCAUGAGCGACAACAAGGAAAUCCCGUCCGAGUACCGCAUCUCCGAGAAGUGGGACAAGUGUCUGGAGAACUUCACGCUCUACUUUGGCGCUGGCCUCGUGGCUGGCGGCCUCACAUCCCUCGUGCUGGCUCGCUCUGGUGCUGGCCGCGGACUAGUCACGGGUAUUGGCGCUGGUGCAGGUGCUGGGUCGAGCUGGACGACUUGCCAGCUGGCGUUCGCGGGCAACGCCAACGCAAAGGCAGCACUGGACAAGACGGACAAGGCCGUGGGCGACUUCAAGGAGAAGAUCUCGGGCUCCAACUAGAUGUUUAUCGCUUAACAGAGUCGAGACCAGCACUCUGUUGUUUUGCAGUUGAGAGUUAAAAAAGACACACACAGCUGCCGCAGUCCUCUAGGGUCACCAAUCGAUCACUUGGCGGUCGGAACUGAAGCUUUGAACGCCUUGUACAUCUGAAGAUAUGGAUUGCGUUCUGCACGAGACAGGGAGAAAAUCUUGAGAAAAGAACUCGGAAUAUAAUACUAUAGUGUGGUGGCUGGCAACUUGCUGUUGCUUUCUGCACUUCCCCAAUU